AUGCUACUGUGCUUCUUAACAGAGGUAAAUCAUUUUGUCAAAUAAUCAAGAAAUGUAUUUUAUGAAAAAGGAGAAAAUGAAAAAGCACUCCAAGACCACAAUAUGGCCAUCCUAUUAAAUCCAAAUAAUGCUGAAGCGCAUAUGAACAGAGGUAAAUCAUCUAGUUAUAUAAUUAGGAGUUCUAUUUGAUAAAAUAGGAGAAAAAGAAAAAGCACGCCAAGGCUAUUAAAAGGCUCUCCUAUUAUAAUCAGAUUAUCCACUUAUUGUAACAAAUUUAGGAAGUCUCUAUUUUAAAUAAAAAUAAUUUUCUUAAGCAAAUAUUUAUUUUACAAAAGCACAAGAAUCAUUAGAUUCGAUUAAUCAACAAUAGAUAUCGAAAUGGAAUUUAUCUAAUUCAAAUCUUACAUAUAUUAAAAUAGAACUUAAUCUACUUAGAGAAAUUUAAAUUCGAUAUAAACAACAGAUGUUUAAAUUAAUUAUUUAUCUUAAUAAUUAUAAAGAUAGAAAUCUUUUUAAUUAGAGGAAUAAGCCUAGAAACUAGUAAAUGAAUUUACAUAACAAAUAAAGCCAUUAGAUACUUAAUUAAAUUUAAAUCAAUAUACAAUCUACUUUUAGAUUUUGGAACAAUUUGAAAAAGGUUUAAUGA